GUGUUGUCAGCUGCCACCAUUGUGGCUAAGCACACCUCUGCUCUGUGCAAUGCCUGUCGCCUGGCAUCCACUCACACCUCCAAUCCUGUGGCCAAGAGGCAGUUUGUCCAGUCUGCUAAGGAGGUGGCCAACAACACGGCAAACCUGGUGAAAACCAUCAAGGCUUUGGAUGGGGCAUUUAAUGAUCAGAAUCGGGCCAAGUGUCGGGAAGCCACCGUGCCGCUUAUCCAAGCCGUGGAGAACCUGACCGCUUUCGCCUCUAAUCCAGAGUUUGCUAGUGUGCGCUCCCAGAUCUCCCCCGAGGGUCUCCGCGCCAUGGAGCCAAUCAUCAGUUCAGCUCAGACCAUGCUAGAGAGUUCCUCUGGCCUCAUCCAGACCGCACGUUCUCUGGCUGCCAAUCCCAAAGACCCACCACAAUGGUCAGUGUUGGCUGGACACUCCCGGACCGUCUCCGACUCCAUCAAGAAACUUAUCACCAAUAUGAGGGACAAGGCCCCGGGACAGAGGGAGUGUGACCAGGCCAUCGAGCUCCUGAACCAGGCGGUGAGAGAGCUGGACCAGGCCUCACUAGAAGCCAUCAGCCAGCAGUUGGUGCCGCGGGAGGGCAUUUCACAGGAGGCUUUGCACAACCAGAUGCAGACCUCUGUACAGGAAAUCAGCAACCUGAUCGAACCGCUGGUGGCCGCUGCACGGGCGGACUCAUCACAGCUUGGACACAAGGUCUCCCAAAUGGCCCAGUACUUCGAGCCUCUGACCAAUGCCACCAUUGGAGCCGCCUCCAAGGCCAUCAAUCACCAGCAGCAGAUGAACCUUCUGGACCAGACAAAGACGCUGGCGGAGUCCGCUCUGCAGAUGCUUUACACUGCCAAGGAGGCUGGUGGAAACCCCAAGGUGGCCGGACACACACAAGAAGCUUUGGAUGAAGCUGCCCAGAUGAUGCACGAAGCUGUGGACGAUCUGACGGGAACUCUGAACGAAGCCGCCAGUGCCGCUGGAGCUGUCGGUGGAAUGGUUGACUCCAUCACUCAGGCCAUCAACAAGCUGGAUGAACAGCCCAUUGGCGAGGCUGAGGGAUCAUUUGUGGAUUAUCAGACAACCAUGGUGAAGACGGCCAAGGCGAUAGCAGUGACGGUCCAGGAGAUGGUCACCAAAUCCACCGCCAACCCGGAUGAACUGGGCACAUUGGCCAACCAACUCACCAACGACUAUGGUCAGCUGGCCCAUGAAGCCAAACCAGCCGCUAUGACUGCCGAGAACGAGGAGAUUGGAUCGCACAUCAAGCAGCGGGUGCAGGAAUUGGGUCACGGCUGCUCUCUGCUGGUCACCAAAGCGGGAGCUCUGCAGUGCUGCCCGACGGACAGUUAUACAAAGAAGGAGCUGAUAGAUUGUGCCCGGCGCGUGUCGGAGAAGGUGUCCCACGUCCUGGCUGCUCUGCAAGCUGGAAACCGCGGCACCCAGGCCUGCAUCACUGCCGCCAGCGCCGUCUCUGGAAUCAUUGCCGACCUGGACACAACCAUCAUGUUUGCCACAGCCGGCACACUGAACCGGGAGAACGCUGAAACCUUUGCAGAUCACCGGGAAGGUAUCUUGAAGACAGCAAAAGCUCUGGUGGAGGACACAAAGGUUCUGGUCCAAAAUGCCACAUCCAGCCAGGAGAAGCUGGCCCAAGCUGCCCAGUCUUCAGUGUCCACCAUCACGCGACUAGCCGAGAACGUUAAACUGGGGGCGGCCAGUCUGGGCUCAGAAGACCCCGAGACUCAGGUGGUGCUUAUUAAUGCUGUUAAGGACGUGGCAAAGGCAUUGGGUGAUCUCAUCAGCGCCACGAAGGCGGCAGCCGGGAAGUCCAGCGAUGACCCAUCGGUUUACCAGCUGAAGAAUUCGGCCAAGGUCAUGGUGACCAAUGUGACGUCUCUCCUAAAAACUGUCAAAGCCGUGGAGGACGAAGCCACCAAGGGAACCCGGGCAUUGGAGGCCACCAUCGAGCACAUACGUCAGGAGCUGGCGGUCUUCUCCUCCCCCGAGCCUCCUCCAAAGACCUCCACGCCCGAAGAUUUUAUCCGUACCACCAAAGGUAUCACCAUGGCAACCGCUAAAGCUGUCGCUGCCGGAAACUCCUGUCGCCAGGAAGAUGUUAUCGCCACGGCCAACUUGAGUCGCCGCGCCAUUGCCGACAUGCUGCAUUCCUGCAAGGAAGCCGCCUAUCACCCUGAGGUAAACCGCGAUGUGCGUAUCCGGGCCACGCGAUUCGGCAAGGAGUGCGCCGUGGGCUAUCUACAGCUUCUGGAGCAUGUGUUACUGAUCCUCCAGAAGCCGAGCUCAGACUUGAAGCAGCAGCUGGCCGGGUUCUCUAAGCACGUGGCCGGUUCUGUCACAGAGCUGAUCCAGGCCGCUGAGGCCAUGAAAGGCACAGAGUGGGUGGACCCGGAGGACCCCACCGUCAUCGCAGAGAACGAGUUGCUGGGUGCAGCAGCCGCGAUAGAAGCAGCCGCCAAAAAGCUGGAGCAGCUGAAACCUCGCGCCAAACCCAAGCAAGCGGACGAGAGUCUGAACUUCGAGGAGCAAAUCCUGGAGGCCGCCAAGUCCAUCGCCGCCGCCACCAGC